CUCCUUUCUAACUAAACCAAACUAAUUUCUGGAGACAAUAGAAUUUCAAUAUAUAGAUUAAUAUAGAUCUAUAGUAUAUAGAUCUAGAGGAGACUAGAUUUAGAUCUAGUCUAGAUCUAGAUUAUAUUUAAAGUCUGAUGCUCGAGGAAUCAAUACACUACUAGAGUCCAAAAGUGUUAGAUAAUAGAUCUAUAUCUAAAGGUUUUUGAAAUAACACAGCUUGAUGUUUGCAAUGAAGGAGGAAGAUGAGGAAGAGGAUGUUCCAGAUUUAAUUCCAUUUGCUACUAAGAAAGUUCCAGUUACAAUAAUAACUGGCUUCUUUGGAGCUGGAAAGACAACUUUAUUGAAUCACAUUCUUACUAAGCAACAUGGAAAGAGAAUAGCUGUUAUACUCAAUGAAUUUGGAGAAGGUGAUUCCAUUGAGAAGUCAAUGUCUGUGGGAGAGAAAGGAGAACUCUUUGAAGAGUGGCUAGAACUCAGGAAUGGAUGUUUGUGUUGUUCUGUCAAAGACAACGGUGUGAAAGCAAUAGAAAACCUAAUGGAAAAAAAAGGAAAAUUUGACUACAUUUUGUUAGAGACCACAGGUUUGGCUGAUCCAGGGCCUAUUGCUUCCAUCUUUUGGUUAGAUGAGGAGCUCUGCAGUGAUGUUUAUUUAGAUGGAAUCCUAGUGAUGGUGGAUGCCAAAUAUUUGAAGCAGCAUUUUGAAGCAACGAAACAAGAUGGAUCUAUUAAUGAAUGUCAGAGACAGAUUGCCCUAGGAGAUGUGAUCCUUGUAAAUAAAACAGAUCUUGUCACAAGUGCAGAAUUAGAUGUUUUGAAAGAAACAGUAAGAAGUGUGAAUGGAUUUGCAAAGCUACUUGAAACAUCCCAUGCAGAUGUAGACUUGGAUGACAUUUUGAACAUCAAUGCUUAUUGUCUGUCUGGGGACAUGAAACUAGAAGAUGUUUUUACUAAAAGAGGAUUUUCUGUCAGAGAUAAACAUACGAUUGAUCAGAGUGUAAGAACAUUAACUCUUCAAUUCAAUGGAAAUGUCAAGAGGUCAGAACUGGAUAGCUUUUUACAAACUUUAUUAUGGGAAAAGACUGUUCAAGAUAACUCAGGGAGAACUAUGAACAUACUCAGGCUCAAGGGAUUGAUCUCACUUCUUGACUGUGAGGAACGUCUAGUCGUACAAGCUGUACAUGAACUGUAUGAUUCACAUUACACUACCAAAUGGGAAAGCCAAGAAUCUCGCUGCAAUAUAGUAGUCUUUAUAGGUCAGAAUUUGGACAAAUCAAUUUUGGAAAAUUGUUUGCAGAAAAUAAUUAUACCAACAUGAUUAAAUUUAUUGUCUUAGUUGUAGACAAUUUGUUAAAAAAGUUCAAUGGAGAUGUUUUGGAGUUCUUACAUUAGACUGCAAAGUUUACUGUCUAGUUUUGAAACUGUUUCCUGCUGCUAUCACAUCACUUCCUCUCAGAUAUUGUUUAUUAUCUGGACAACAUAAGGAUAAACUUAUUGAAAGUUUAUCUCUGAGACUGACACAACUGGUUCAAUGAUAUCAUAUUUCAUAGGAUUCUUGUGUCAAGUCUGACAGAAUUAUGGACAGCAUUGUGUUUAUCAAGUUGAGUAAAAAGUUUUUGUCUUGAGUAAGACACUUGGCUCAAAAUGUUUUAGCAGAUUUGACAAAUACAUGUAAAUAUAUAUAUUUUUUUGUUUAUUUAAAAUUUGCAGAACACUAAAUGCAAAAAAAAAUAUUAUUUUUUUGUUUUUUAUUUGUUUGUAUGAUAUAGAAAUCUGGAUAAAACAAUUUUUUUUUGUUGAAAAAACACAUACCAACAGUUGAAGCAUAAACUAAGCUGGAAAGAAUAGACUAGAAUUAUAGUGCUAUUCACUAGUGUAUUUUCUGUUGUGGAUUUUGUUGAAAUAGAGAUUUGCUGAGAGAGUGUAAUGGAGCAGUAGGCAUAAUGAACUUUGACAGUCAUCUCUUUACAGCCAUUUUUAGUGCAAUUAUUUAUAACCCUCUUGAGCUGAAAUAGCUCUUGUCAUGAUGCCCUUAUUAUAAUGAAAUACUUGCUUAAAAAUAAUUUCUAUAAAUUUGACAAGGUGUUCUCUGAAGGGUUCCAACAUCUUUGUUACUCCAUGUUGAUGGACAUGAAGAGAUCUUCCAUAAUUUCAUUGUUCUCUUCAAAGAGUCAAAUCCAGUGGGAAGGAGUGCAGAGUUCAUUUUACAUUUUUAUGAAUUCAGAGAAAGAAAAAUAAUUCCUGUUCAAUUAUGUAAAUAAUUUUGUAUUUUUUUCCUUGUUUUUAUUAAUCAAUAAUAAAUGCAUAUAAUCAAUGCAACAUACAA